AUGCCUCAAGGCCCUCCGUAUCUUCCUCGCACAGCUGGACUCGGCGGUCGUCCAACACCCUCAGUCGAUGAUCCUAUCAGCGGUGUCAUGUUGGGUUUCUUCGUUACAGGCGCAGUCCUCAACAUGACUAUCUUCCAACUCAACCGUCGACGCUCCCACAAGUUCGUUCUAUCUGGUCUCCUCUUCGGUUUCUGCAUGGCCCGAAUCACUGCAAAUGUCCUUCGUAUCGCAUGGGCUUCCAACCCCAACAACACGAGCCUCGCCAUCGCUGCCAAUGUCUUUACAAACGCUGGUGUUGUCCUUCUAUUCGUCGUCAACCUCAUCUUUGCCCAGCGCAUUCUGAGGGCAUAUCAUCCGCAUAUUGGUUGGGGCAAGCCUGCUUCGUUGGCUUUCAAGUUCUUGUACUUUUCUAUCGCUGCGAGUCUUAUCAUGCUCAUUACUGCUGUGGUCUACAACUUCUACACCCUCAACCCACACACCAAGCAGCAACUUCGCGACAUUCAACUCACCGGCAGCACGUUUCUCGCCAUCCUCGCAUUUCUGCCUCUCCCUAUUGUGGGACUCUGUUUUGUCCUUCCUCGAAAGACAGCCAUGGACAAGUUUGGUCAGGGUCGCAUGCGUACCAAGAUCCAACUCCUUGUCUUCACCACCAUUCUCCUGACCCUGGGCGCCUCCUUCCGAACCGGAGUAUCUUUCAAAGUCCGUCCGGCCAACGAUCCAGCCUGGUAUCACAGUAAAGCGUGCUACUAUUGCUUCAACUAUGUCAUCGAGAUCAUCGUCGUCUUCUCAUAUGCCCUCUCACGAUUCGACCGUCGCUUUCACAUCCCUGACGGCAGUCACGCGCCUGGCGAUUAUUCUGGAAAGAAAGCCCCUCAAGAUCCCAUGUAUCGUGUCAAUACCGAAGAGGAAGUCUUUGGCGAUGACGAGCGGCCACAAACAGCAGAGCAGAACCAGCAAAGGGAACGGCAAUGGGCGGCGGGCCUCAAGGAGGAACUUGAUGAAGAGACUGUAUGA